CCUCUGCAUUUGACUGUUCUGUAGCAGCAGCAGCAGCAGCGCGUAAAUGAACUUAUAGGAUUCAGGUUAGCAUUCACUCUUCUCUCUGUUUAGUUCUACUCCCUGACAGAGGUUUUAAACCGGGACAGGUUCCCUCCCCCAGGUUCCUCCCAAGACUCUGUGCAAUGUGAAGCCUGACUGAGUGGGUUACGCACAACAACAUGGCUACCUUAGCAACGAGGAUGUGUGAGGACUCCGCUGUACAGAAUGAAAGCCAUUUCAGCCAUGUUGGUGGGGAGAGAAACUGGAAGAUAAAGGCUGAUCAAGCAAAAAAAGCAGAGUAUUUUCGUGAAUUAGAGAAGAUCAAAGGCCAAAUUGCAAAUUUAGAAAAAGACAAAAAUGGGAAUCUGUACAGUAAGAAGAAUGAUUUUCGGGCAGAGUACAGCGUCCUUGAAGAAUAUGAGGAAAAACUGGCUUGCAGCAGGAGAGCAGAAAAACUUAAGGCAAAACAGCAGCUUUCAAAAAUCCAUAACCAUGUAAAAAGACUGCAGCGCCAGCUGAUAGAUGUGAAACCAACUCCAGAAUUUGUUGAGAAGCUUAGAGUAAUGAUGGAAGAAGUAGACAAUGCUAUCUGUACAUUUAAAGAAGAACAGCGAAUAAUCUAUGAAGAACUUAUGAAAGAGGAGAAAACUACUAGCAAUGAGCUAAAUGUACUGGAAAAAAAAAUAGAGGGAUCGUUAAAUACAGCACCAGAAAAGACCUUCAGAGCACCAUGUGGCAAAACACCAGCAGAGAAAAUGACCUCAUGUCAGCUACCAGAAGAAGUGGUGGUAUUUGAAAGGUUCCUGCAGCAGACAGGAGGGCGUCUAGGAGGGUGGGAUGACUUUGACCACCAGAGCUUUCUAAAGGUGUGGACAAAGCACAAGGGCAAAGCUACUUAUCUAGAGGAAGCCUUGGCUUAUUUGCCUAGCAGAACAAGAGAGGAUGUUCAGCAACAUGAGGCCUGGUAUCAGGAGUUUCUCUUUUUAGAGGAGAAAAAGAAAGAGGCUAUUCAGGAAUGGAAGGCCAAAAAACAACUGGAAAAGGGGGAGAUAGUGAAGCUUCAAAUAAAAGCAAAGGAGAUUCAGCAGUUUAAUCGGCAGAAACAAGAAGAAUCCCAAAAACAAAAAACAGAGGAAGAGAAACGCAGGAAGCAACAGGAGUUGGAGGCUUGGAAGAGACAGAAGGAGAUAGAUGCAGCUGCACAAAUUCAAGCCAAAAUAAAAGAGGAAGAGGAGCAGCUGAAGAAACAGAGAAAGGAGCGCCAGCGCCAGCUUGAAGUCAAGCUUUUAGUGGAAGAGCACAUCCGAAUUAGGAAGGAGAAGGAGGAUUUUUUGUUGCUAGAAAAACAGAUGCAAGAGGAAAUGGAGCAAGAAGAGAGAAGGAAAAUGGCAGUAUUUGAGAUAUGUAGAUUCCAAGAUAGGGACCUGAGAAAACUUGAGGAAAAAGCUCAAGAGAGGAGAGCGAAGGAAAAAUCUGAAGACGAAAAGGAGAGAAGGCUUGCAAAGUUAAAAGAAAAGGUCCAAGUUCAUGUUGAUCGAGAUCCUUCCAGGCUGUGUAAACUCACUAAAGGAUGGGAGGAGCGUUGCAAAGAGACCGGGCCAAGUGGAUCGGCACCAUUACAACACAUUCCUCACCGGGCUGUUCCAACCUGGAGACAAGGUUUAUAGGUGGGAUUUAAAUGGAGAAGCUUUUACGAUCCUUUCUUAAGUAGACACUUGAAGCUUGUGGCAUUUGAAGACUUGACUUUAAUUAAGAAUCAAUCUGAAUUUUUUUUUUAUUGAUAUAUGCAGGUAUUUAUAUAUUAUACUGUGUACUAAUAUAUGAACAGUUUUUAAUUUCCAUGUUAAACAAACAAAAGUGAUAAGUACAUUAAUUUUGCACAGUUGCAAAUCAUCAGGUAUGGGAUCCCUUAUCCAGAAAGCUAUGAAUUAUGGGAAGUCCAUCUCCCAUAGUACGUUGUACUUUAUGGUAACUAAGCUGCAUGAAUCCAUAUUGGUGGCAAAACAAUCCUAUUAGGUCUAUUUAACAUUAACAUUUACAUGGUUUUUUUUUUAGCAUCUUAAGGUAUGGUGAUCCAAAUUACAGAAAGAUCCCUUAUAGGAAAAAUGUAUAACAAGCUGAAUUCACAAAAAUAAACAGAAUAUUAAUUGCCUUCCAAAAUAAUUCUGUUCAUUGUGUGAUUGUAAGAUUGCUUUGGUUUAAAUUUGUUUAAAUUAUUUGUGCAUAAAGCAAAAUGGGCUUAUCGAUGUCUGCAGUCAUGCAAGCAGAUAAUCCUGUAGAUUUGCUAUGCCUGGGUCCCCAUGUUCUUUGUUUAUGAAUCAGAAAGCUGCUAAAAUUCCAAACUGCAAAGCUGCUGAAUAAAAAACUAAAUAGUUUAAAAACCAAAAAAAAGGCCAGUUUCAGAAUAUCUCUGCAUUAUAAUAAUUCAAUAAAUAAAUUAAAACGUCAGCUACCUGUUAAAACAAAGAAAAGAAACUGAAAUUUGCAGUUUGCAUCAGUAUUGCAUCCUUACUCUACAAUAUUUUGUAGAGCCACUUCUUGUAACAAUAACAGUUUUAUGGUUUUUGAGGUCUGUACCACGGUUUUUUUUACGAAUCUCAUCUGACCACAAAACUUCUUUUCACAUCAGUCCUAAAUCAUUUUCAUUUGUUUUGGCAAACUUAUAGGAAUUGCUUCUUUUAUGCCACCCUCCUAUACAAGCCAUUUUUAUACCAAACUCUUUACACCUAUAAGAAAGUAGGCACUACAAAUGGUCAUUUAUAGAAAGGUGCGCAGACACUGAGGGUAGAUUUAUUAAACUUCAAAAAAAACUUUCCUGAUUUUUCUUGCCAAAAUAUGUGUGUCAGAAAUUUCAUGAAAUUUGUAUUGUUGGUCAUUUAUCAUUUGUCAUGACGUUCUUCAAGUGUGAAAGCCCCAAAUAUAAAAUUUGGAAUUCUUGGGAAAAUGUGGAGUAAUAAAACGAUCUUUAAUUAAACAAA